AUGUUAAUUACGUGGAAUGCUUUAUUCGAGCAUGUGACCGUCGAGCCAUGUUUAUUUUUUUACCUAACCACUUCUCUCAUCUUAGACACGGUAAAUACAAAUUUAUAUCUACAAAAAUCGUGUCGAUUCAACCAAACCUCGGAGCCAGACUUGAAUACAAAAUGUGACGACGAAAAACAAGGAGUUCUAUUCACCUCGAAAAUAAAUUCGGAUUAUCGUUUCGUGUCAAUGACGGUAUGUUUAAUUUACACCAUCCUAUCAACUAGCUGGAGCGACGAAGCUGGAAGACGUCGCCUACCUUUGAUUUACCUGCCAAUAGUUGGACUAAUUAUGCAAUCUUUAUCGGGCUGCUUGAAUUCGUAUUUUUGGCAAUGGCAUCCAUUGCUAGCUGCAUUUUCGGAAAUGGGCUUCGAAAUGCUUACUGGAGGGAUUGCGCUUAUGUUUACAUCGACCCAGCUUUACUUGUGCGAUGUAUCGAAUGAGGAAAAUCGUACAAUGCGUUUAGGAAUUUUAUUAGCUGUGAGAGCAACGUGUGAGCAAUUGGGCAGUGGAGGAGCUGGAUUUAUUCUUAGAGCAAUAGGGUUCUUUUAUUCGUACUUGUUGUGUCUCGUGUUUUCGAUGAUCUCGUUAAUAUUGACUUGGAUUUUUGUCAAUGAUGUGUCGGUUCCUGUAGAGAAAAAACGACAUUUUCUCCACUGUUUUAAUCUGAGCCGAGUCGUUGAUAGCUUUAGAGUUGUUUUCAAGAAGAGUCUCGGUCGUCGAAGAAUUAUUGUUACUUUGAUGAUGAUCUGUUUUCUUUUCGUGUACUUCGCAAUGCAAGGAGAAAAAACAGUUUUUUAUCUAUUUUUCAGGUAUAAAUUUCACUGGGAUGAGAGACGAUAUAGCACGUAUGUUCUUUACAAAAAUACUGCAAUUAUUUUUGGUACGAUAUUUUGCUCUGUUGUGCUAAGCAAGUGUUUCAAAAUUCACGACGGCGUUAUUGGAAUGAUUGCUGGGUUUUGGGAUACAAUAGCUGUAAUAGGGUAUUUAUUUGCCUAUGAUGAUUGGCAUCUUUACGUAGUUCCUUUAUUUGAAAUGUUUCAUGGUACAGCUUCAUCAGUAGCUGGAUCAUUUCUCAGUAAAUAUUACGACAGUAGUGAAUAUGGAAGAUUGUAUUCCGUUUGUGCUGUGAUUUGUUUAUUUCUUCCUAUUUGCCAUCCAGCUUAUAAUAUUAUUUUUCAAAAAACCAUAGAUGUAUUCCCAGGUGCUUUUUUCAUACUUAGUGUCAUAAUAGAUCUCGGAGUUAUUAUUUUGUACUGCAUAGCAUAUUUGCUUUCUCGGAGGGUCGACGAACAGAAACAGGUUACAACUGGCAGUUGCACCACAUGAAAAAGUGAUGAGCUCAUGAAAAUGUAAUGCGACUAAUUAAAAAUGACCUAUCCAUCGUAAAAGUGACCAAUGCUAAAUACAAGUUGUUUACUUGUUAAUUUUUCAAAAUUAGGUAUAACUACAUAUAAGUAGAUAUCUACCUAAUAAUUUUGUGAAAAAAUUGUAACUUAUUUUAAAUUAUCGCGUUUGAUAAGCUGAUAUAUGUGCUAAUAGAUCGGUAGUCGUACUUGCAAUGUCAUAAGAUGCAAAGUGUUCGUAUUUUGAAGUACAUGCAUUUUUCCUAAUUGGAAUUCGGUUUGGUCUUGAUCCUGCUACUAAAUUUUAAUGUGCGUCGUUCAAUAUAAUUAAACGUAAUUUUUCAGGCGAAAU